UUCGAUAUGAAGAAUUCGGCCUGCAAAAACAAAAGAGCAGCAUGGACGAAGGGGGUGACUACCCGAGCUCGCCGGACAGUCUCCCCGAACCUGAACGUCCACCUCUUCGCCACAUCGACAAGUACAUCAGACCCGAAUGCCCGUGUCUCAGCAAAAGGGUAACCGUCGCCGUUCUCACCUGUAUGGGUUUCAUCAUCAUGUUCGGAAUGAGGUGCAACAUGGGCAUGGCAAAGGUUAAGAUGGAAGAAGGGAAAGCUAAAAUGAAAUGGUCGGUCACCACCAGCUCCGCAGUGGACGCGUCGAUAUUCUGGGGUUACUUUAUAACGCAAAUACCCGGCGGUUUUUUAGCUGCAAGAUAUCCACCUAAUCGAUUAUUUGGUGCCGCAAUCGGAUGCUCUUCCUUACUACACUUCUUUGUACCCAGCGCUAUGGAACUUCAAAAUCCCGGACUUGCAAUUACCAUUAGGGUUAUGCAAGGUCUGGUAGAGGGCGUGACCUAUCCAGCGUGCCACGGUAUCUGGCGUUACUGGGCGCCGCCGCUGGAACGUUCCCGCUUGGCUACCUUGGCGUUUUGCGGUUGCUACGCUGGUUUAAUGUUCUCAAUGCCCAUUACCGGCGAACUCAUAAAACGUAUAGGUUGGCAUUCGCCCUUUUACUUUUAUGGGAGCGUUGGUAUCUUGUGGUACCUAUCGUGGUUAUGGUUGGUCUUCGAAAAACCCUGCAAGCAUCCUACGAUUGAAGCACGAGAACUUAUGUACAUAGAAAACUCGUUAGGCGGCGCCGCUCAAUCUCAUACGAUACCGAGCAUUACGAAUACACCGUGGAAAGCCUUUUUUACUUCCAUGCCCGUUUAUGCAAUUUUUGUAGCAAAUUUUUGCCGAUCGUACAACUUUUACCUUUUAGUGUUAUUCCAAGCGCUUUACUUUACAUCGAGGUGGGAGAUGGAUAUUGAAAAGAAUGCAUUUUUGGGCGCAUUUCCUCAUCUGCUGAUGACCAUAAUUGUACCCACCGGAGGAGUUUUGGCGGAUUAUUUAAGAAAACGAGAAAUACUAACAACAACGCAAGUGAGGAAGCUGUUCAACUGUGGAGGUUUCGGAAUGGAAGCGACGUUCUUCCUAGUUGUUGCCUAUGCCACAUCAUCAACGGCUGCCGUUAUAGCUCUAAGCUGUGGCGUGGCCUUCAGCGGAUUCGCCAUAUCCGGAUACAACGUCAAUCACUUAGAUAUAGCACCAAAGUACGCUAGUAUAUUAAUGGGUUUAUCGAAUGGAAUCGGUAGUAUAGCUGGAUGUAUCUGCCCCUACGCAGUCGAUUUAAUUUUAACAGAAAAAUCUGACGACGAAUGGAAACUAGUUUUUAUAAUGGCAGCAAUGGUGCAUUACGUCGGCGUAGUUUUCUACGCACUCUUCGCGUCCGGCGAAUUACAACCAUGGGCCGAAAGCAAAUCUCUCGAAGACAAGCAAUGGAACCCUUACGACGCGGCCUUCGACGGUGAAAUUAAAAAGUCUUCAAGCGUACAAAGUAACGGUCUACUGCAACGUCGUCUAAGUGGCAAAAACGUCAAUUAUGGCACGGUAGAGCCACCUGCCCCGCCGAUAGUAUCCGCUGGAAAUCCGUUCGUGCAGAGCACAAAUCCCUUUCGGCAGGAAGCCGUACAGCCUGAACCACACGACUCUUACAUGCACGGAACUGUGGACGACAGGGAGUAUUAAUGUGGGCUUUGUAUAAAUUUAGAUUUAACUGUUUUAUUUUUUAUAACUUUACGGAAACAACAUUAUGUGCAUUAUUAUAAUAAUUAUAGGAUGAUUAGUCGCCUUUCGGGUUCCGAAUGCGGAACCUUAAAUUGUUUAUUACAAACAAAUCUGCAAUUGUUAGACAAGGCACUAUCAGAUGUAUAUUUAUAUAUAAAAAUAGAAUUGUCAAUUUAAUUGCGUUUACGUUUAAUUGUAUAUAAAAAGUUUAUAAUUACUCCGAUCAGUAUUAAGGGUAGAUAGGAAAAGAAUGGUUCAAGAGUUGUUAAAUUUAUUUCGUAACAAUACGCAAUAAAAUCUCAUAAAUAUAUAUUACGACAUAUCGUUUACGCUUUUCUUUAUUAAUUUCCUCGUGCAUUUCUGCUACUUGGAUGAUUGUUUCCUCUGAAAGUUUUUGAAAAAUUCGGUUUUCUGUAGAAUAGUUAGGUUAAUUAUGUAAUAUUGAGGUGGUUGUCACUCUCACGGCUGUGCUGACAAUAAUUGAGACGGGUACAAAGUACCAUGUCUGAUCGUUGAUAAUAAUCGAGAUAAUAAUUAGAAUAUUUUUGUGCAAAUGUAGACGGGCAAGUAUACGGUGUGUGCAAACGUAGUGCGUCAAUUGAAAAGCGGGGCGCGAAUUUGUCUCAUUCAAUAUCAUGUAAAUAUUACGUUUUCUCUAUGUGCACAUAAUACUUGUCAAAAAAUUAGGUUAUGUACAGUUAUAUCAUUGAAACACGUCAAUUGUACAUUAUUAAAAUUAGUAACGUGUAAAGAAUCGGUUGAGUUUAAUUUUCUUGUUUAUUUUAGGCAACAUCGUUUCCUCCGUCUUAUAUUUCUGUAUACUUCUCUCUAUCUUGGUCAAUAAAUCUCGUAGUUGUUGUUUAUUAAAUAGGCAAUACUUAGCGUAUAGGGAGAUGUCUUUCAUUUGAAUCGUAGAUGUACCUUUCUGUUAUUGUAAAAAUUGUGUUAAAGCGAAGUGUCAAAAGUAGGACAAUAGUGUAGAGGCAAUAAUUAUUUAAAAAAGAUACAAUGCAUUUCUUAAAUGUUUUUCUAGACUCUUACCAGAAUAAAAUGUUUAGUAAAUGUAUCAUUUUUAUUCUAUAUAAAGGGAAAAGAAUAUGUGUAUACCUACGAGCUCAACUUAUCUGUGUUUUGACUGGCCAUCGCGUAUAUAAUUAAUUGUUGAUAAUAUUAUAAACAUUUUUAUUGCUGUAUUGUUUUUGUUGUAACUAUGUAUACGUAUAGCGUAUUAAAUAAAAUUAUUGCAAUAACAAUA